CGCACUCUCUUAUUGGCUCUCUCGGCUCCCACGAGGGGUUGCAUGCAAACGAUUUGCGAAAAGGUUUAUUGUUUCUUUGCUUUCGGGAGCCGAAACUGUUUGGAAUCUACUCAGCGCUACAAUAAAAUAACGCGUCGGGAAAAAUGGCUGGUGGCAAAGCAGGAAAAGACAGUGGCAAAGCCAAGGCGAAAGCGGUGUCGCGCUCCCAGAGAGCUGGUCUGCAGUUCCCAGUGGGUCGUAUCCACAGGCACUUGAAGACUCGCACAACCAGCCACGGUCGUGUAGGAGCCACAGCAGCUGUUUACAGUGCUGCCAUCCUUGAGUACCUCACCGCUGAAGUACUAGAGUUGGCGGGUAACGCCUCCAAAGACUUGAAAGUGAAGCGUAUCACUCCUCGCCACUUGCAGCUGGCCAUUCGUGGUGACGAGGAGUUGGACUCCCUUAUCAAGGCAACCAUUGCUGGAGGAGGUGUCAUUCCCCACAUUCACAAAUCCCUCAUUGGGAAGAAGGGCCAGCAGAAGACUGCAUAGAUGCCAUGUUGACCAGAAAUUUGGGGGCUUGGGCUUUGAACGGACCAGGAGUUCACCUUUGUUCUUUUUUUAUUAUUAAUAUUAUAGCAAACGAAGAGUGAUUGUUAGCCUUUGUGUUUGUUAUAUUUACCAAUAACUAGAUAAAAAGUACAGAAAACCCCUUAAAGACAGUAAACCCUUUGUAUGUUAAUGUAGAGCGUUUGACUGGGGAGUUAAUGAUUAUUUGAAAUGGUGGCAGUGAAUUUGUUUGAUUGGCCUGGCUCUGUGUAAUGUUUUAUACUGAAAAAACAAAUUGUUAAACUGUUUUUUAUAUAAAAGAUCUUGUUUUGUGGUUAUUUUCUCUGAAGUUAUGAUAUUUACUAUGACACAUUUUUAAGGAGAAUUUCUUUUUUUGAAAGUAAAUUGGAUAACAGCUAAAUAGUAAGAUGGUGCUUCUUUUCCUUUUGACUUACUGUAAAAAAAAAAAAAUUGAACUGCACAAGAAUAGUAAUGUAUUAAAAGUUACUUUUUUUUUUCUUACAUCAAAAUGAAAUAACGUGUUGUAACCGCCUGCUACAGUGUUUUGUCUUAAUGUUUACAGCAGUUGAAAAAAUGUGUUAAACUUGAAACUACGUAUUAACAGUGUAAUCCUCAGCUAAUUGGGAAACACUGAUUGUAAACUUGUUGCCUCACUGUGGAACACAAGUCCUGCCAUUUGUCAGCUACAUAUCACCACUGGGUACAUUCAGUACUCUGAUACUUUGGGAAAAUAAGUAGAGGAUAAGUAAUCAGCGCUGAAAACAUUUGUCUACACUACCAAAAUAUAUAGGCAUACUAAAAAUAUAUUUAUAUUCCCCUUCUAAAAGUCCAUUUCAUUUUUAACGUUCAGAUUUUGGAGCCUUUUUUUUCUUUUCUUUUUUUAAGCUGUAUUCAGGGAAAUGACUUUGCCUAUUUUAUCUUUGAAUAAACACCAUUGGCAUGUUA